AAAACACUCUUCUGUCAGAUACAUGUGGUGAUUGUAGAAUAUUAAGUUUCGAAGUAUUUGGCGCGUUUUGUAAAAGCUGGUACCGUGUAAGAAGUUGCAUGAUUUGAAUGUACGCAGAGCACUUGUGCUUGUCGAAACAGUUCAAUUUUAAGUGUUAAGUAGGACUUACCGUGAAAUGUCAACAACAGUGAAAGAAACGCGUAAGAAAGUUAUUAAGAUCCUGGACAUCAAAACUUCUGAAAAAUUACGGAAUCCACGAACUGAGAAGCCGGAAAAGGCAGCUGGAACGGCUACUCAGAAGGCGCCUAAUGUAGAACUUAAAAAAGAAGAAGCUGCAAAAGAUGCGCGGGCCAGCAGCAAGAGCUGGACGUUGUCUGAUUUUGAAAUUGGGAGAGCACUGGGGAAAGGGAAGUUUGGGAAGGUUUACCUCGCUAGAGAAAAAAAUUCGAAAUAUGUAAUUGCACUUAAAGUUCUAGUCAAAUCCCAGCUGGAAAGUGCGAAUGUUCAGCACCAGCUAAGAAGAGAAAUUGAAAUACAGUCACACUUAAGGCAUCCAAACAUUUUGAAAAUGUAUGGUUAUUUCCAUGAUAAAGCAAGAGUAUAUCUUAUUUUGGAAUAUGCUCCUAAAGGAGAACUUUUCAAGGAAAUAAAAUCUCAGCCACAACAAAGGCUAGAUGAAGGAAGAACAGCUACCUACAUAGCACAGUUGGCUGAUGCUCUUCUGUAUUGCCACAGUAAAAGGGUGAUUCAUAGGGACAUCAAACCAGAAAACUUGCUUAUUGGUGCUAACGGUGAACUGAAAAUUGCAGACUUUGGCUGGUCAGUCCAUUCACCCCAUUCAAGGAGGACUACAUUAUGUGGGACGCUGGAUUAUCUCUCUCCUGAAAUGAUCAAAGAUCAUCCUCAUGAUGAAAAUGUUGAUCUGUGGAGCCUUGGAGUCCUUUGCUACGAAUGUUUAGUUGGCAAGCCGCCAUUUGAAUCUGCUGUUUAUGAUGAUAUGUGUCGCCAGAUAAGCAGAGCUCAAUAUUCAUUCCCACCAUUUGUUUCAAAUAAUGCAAGGGAUCUUAUUGCAAAGCUACUUGUGGUUGUGCCACAGAACAGACUACCUCUGCAAGAAGUAUUGAAACACCAAUGGAUUCUUAAAAAUGCUGUUACAGAAAAGAAUGUAAAAUAAGAUUUAUGCUGUUGGUGCAACAAGUGAAAGGCACAUGAAUCAGUUACCUGUGAACAGUACAGUCUAGAUACUGAAUGGAUCUAGGACACUGAAACUGCACUGAAUUACUGUGAUUAACAACAAAUCCCUUUUUAUGUGAUUUAUUGAUUGUUUACUUAAUAACGUUGUAAUUUUCUGACUUUUGUUUUUAUUAAUAAUAUUUGGAUGUGAUGUUGAUCCCAAUUUUGUUGUCUGUUUUCCUACAGAGGUAAUAAUUUCUUCAGUUCACCAGAUUAACUUCCUACUGUCGAAAGAUUUUAA